AUAUAGUCAUCUCGCUCCCACGCACGGCCGCGGGCGAGAGUGCUUUGCCCUCAUUUAAGUGUGGUUAAGAGUGUACAGCAUGCGUCACGCUCACACGUCGCGAGUACAAUUUUUGUGUGGACGUCCAGUGUGUGGCUGCUGUGGGAAAAGCUGAAGAAAAUUGCAUUUUUUGCAUAAUGCGCGGCGUGAAAAGCUAACAAAAGUUGUGCUAAAUCAAAAUUCGAUAGUCUGGCCACGGUUUGUGCAUAAGAGCGGGCGGCGCGAAAGUGUUUGGUGCACAAAAACCACGUCUCGAAAAAGUCAAGAAUUCUACGUGCACACAUUUUUUGGGCUGCCAUAUAUAAAAAAAAGAAGAAAAACGCAUACAAACGCAUUUUCUUGCUGUAUAUGCGGUGGAGCACACACACACACACACAGAGGCAGACACGCAUACAAUUGCACUCACAAGAUAUACGAGCAUAAAGAAGAAUUUUUUCUUAGUUGUAUUACAAGAGCAUUAGAUACAUAUAUAAGUAUAUAAAUAUACAUAUAUACACGCCUAGGUGUGUACAUAACGGAUACAUACAUAUAAAAUUAAACGAAAGCUGUGCCUACAUUUGUGUUCUUUUCCAAUACUAAAAUAACAACAACAAACAAUAAUAAUAAUAAUAACCAUAAUAUAAUUAAAAUAAUGCAAGUCGAGCGAGAGACAGCGACAAGAUAACACACCCACUUGUCUGCUGCUAAUUCCAAUUUAUAUAAAAUAAGCCUACGCCACGCCCACGCGCAACUACAACAACAAAAGAAAAACAAAACAAAUGCAAAAUCAACCAAACGAAUAAAACUUUAAACUACUUUAAAGUGUGAUAAGCAAAAGGCUGAAAUCAAAAACAAAAAACAAAAUAAUUAGUAGAAAACCAAAAGCAAAGGCAACAACAAAAACAACCACAACAACAAAAACAAAAAAGAAAACCAACAAUCAAUUACAUUUUACACCAAAACACGAAAAGCAAACACGAGCCAACAUUUUUUACAUUAAUUAUUUUUCUUAAACCAAAACCUAACUUAGUGCAAAAACAUGUAUCCAGUUGGACAACAGUCACAGUGGACCCCCUCGCCCACUCGGCCUCAGAGUCCCUCUCAGGCGCAGACUAGCUUCGACACGCUCACAUCACCACCAGCGCCCGGCUCGUCGGUCAAUCCCACCGCCGUCACCAGUCCAAGUGCCCAGAAUGUGGCCGCUGGUGGAGCAACUGUGGCCGGUGCAGCAGCAACUGCCGCCCAAGUGGCCUCCGCCUUGGGAGCCACCACCGGCAGCGUGACGCCAGCAAUUGCCACCGCCACGCCAGCCACGCAGCCGGAUAUGCCCGUCUUUACGUGUCCACGACGUCCAAAUCUCGGACGUGAGGGUCGCCCGAUUGUGCUGCGCGCCAAUCACUUCCAGGUGACGAUGCCGCGUGGCUAUGUGCAUCACUAUGACAUCAAUAUACAGCCGGACAAGUGCCCGCGGAAGGUGAACCGUGAGAUUAUCGAGACCAUGGUGCAUGCCUACAGCAAGAUCUUCGGAGUGCUCAAGCCUGUGUUCGAUGGUCGCAACAAUCUGUACACCCGCGAUCCCCUGCCCAUUGGCAAUGAGCGUCUGGAGCUGGAGGUGACUCUACCCGGCGAGGGCAAGGAUCGAAUCUUUCGCGUGACGAUCAAGUGGCAGGCUCAGGUCUCGCUCUUCAAUUUGGAGGAAGCACUCGAAGGCCGCACCCGGCAGAUACCCUAUGAUGCCAUUUUGGCGCUCGAUGUGGUCAUGCGUCAUCUGCCCAGCAUGACGUACACGCCAGUGGGACGCAGCUUCUUCAGUUCCCCAGAGGGCUACUACCAUCCCCUGGGUGGUGGACGCGAGGUUUGGUUCGGUUUCCAUCAGAGCGUUAGGCCCUCGCAGUGGAAGAUGAUGCUCAAUAUCGAUGUCUCGGCCACCGCUUUCUAUAAGGCUCAACCAGUCAUUGACUUCAUGUGCGAGGUGUUGGACAUUCGCGACAUCAACGAGCAACGCAAACCGCUCACCGAUUCGCAGCGUGUCAAGUUCACCAAGGAGAUCAAGGGUCUCAAGAUCGAGAUCACCCACUGCGGCCAGAUGCGUCGCAAGUAUCGUGUGUGCAACGUUACUCGCCGCCCCGCUCAGAUGCAAUCAUUCCCACUGCAGCUGGAGAACGGACAGACCGUUGAGUGCACCGUGGCCAAGUACUUCCUGGACAAGUACCGCAUGAAGCUGCGCUACCCGCACUUGCCCUGCCUGCAGGUGGGUCAAGAGCACAAGCAUACUUACCUGCCUUUGGAGGUGUGUAACAUUGUCGCUGGACAGCGGUGCAUCAAGAAGCUGACCGAUAUGCAGACGUCGACCAUGAUCAAGGCCACGGCCCGUUCUGCACCGGAUCGCGAGCGUGAAAUCAACAAUUUGGUUAAGCGCGCCGACUUCAACAACGAUUCGUAUGUGCAGGAGUUUGGCCUGACCAUCUCCAAUUCGAUGAUGGAGGUACGUGGACGCGUAUUGCCGCCUCCAAAGCUUCAGUAUGGGGGACGUGUGUCCACCGGACUCACCGGCCAGCAGCUGUUCCCGCCACAGAACAAGGUGAGCUUGGCCUCGCCCAACCAGGGUGUAUGGGAUAUGCGCGGCAAGCAGUUCUUCACUGGCGUAGAGAUCCGCAUCUGGGCCAUCGCCUGUUUUGCCCCACAGCGCACGGUGCGCGAGGAUGCGCUGCGCAAUUUCACCCAGCAGCUGCAGAAGAUCUCAAACGAUGCCGGCAUGCCGAUCAUUGGGCAGCCGUGCUUCUGCAAGUACGCCACCGGGCCGGAUCAAGUGGAACCCAUGUUCCGUUACCUGAAGAUCACCUUCCCAGGCCUGCAGCUCGUCGUGGUGGUGCUACCCGGCAAGACACCGGUGUACGCCGAGGUGAAGCGUGUGGGUGACACCGUUUUGGGCAUGGCCACCCAGUGUGUGCAGGCGAAGAACGUGAACAAGACGUCGCCACAGACGCUCUCGAAUCUGUGUCUCAAGAUCAACGUCAAGUUGGGCGGCAUCAAUUCAAUUCUGGUGCCCUCGAUCCGGCCAAAGGUCUUCAAUGAGCCGGUCAUCUUUUUGGGUGCCGAUGUAACACACCCACCAGCUGGCGACAACAAGAAACCAUCGAUUGCCGCCGUCGUCGGCUCCAUGGAUGCUCAUCCAUCGCGCUAUGCCGCCACCGUUCGGGUACAGCAGCACCGACAGGAGAUCAUCCAGGAGCUGAGCAGCAUGGUGCGCGAACUGUUGAUCAUGUUCUACAAGUCGACGGGCGGCUACAAGCCCCACCGCAUCAUACUCUAUCGUGACGGAGUCUCCGAGGGACAGUUCCCACAUGUCCUGCAACACGAGUUGACCGCCAUCCGGGAGGCCUGCAUUAAGCUGGAGCCCGAGUACCGGCCGGGCAUCACGUUUAUUGUGGUGCAGAAGCGCCAUCACACACGACUCUUCUGCGCCGAAAAGAAGGAGCAGAGCGGCAAGUCGGGCAAUAUUCCCGCAGGCACCACCGUCGAUGUGGGCAUCACACAUCCCACCGAAUUCGAUUUCUAUCUGUGCAGCCAUCAGGGCAUCCAGGGCACCAGUCGCCCCUCGCACUACCACGUCCUGUGGGACGACAAUCACUUUGACUCGGACGAGCUGCAGUGCCUCACGUACCAGCUAUGCCACACGUACGUGCGCUGCACCCGAUCCGUCAGUAUACCGGCGCCAGCCUACUACGCCCAUCUGGUGGCCUUCCGUGCCAGAUAUCAUCUGGUGGAGAAGGAGCACGAUUCGGGCGAGGGAUCGCACCAGAGCGGCUGCUCAGAGGAUCGCACGCCAGGUGCCAUGGCCCGGGCCAUCACUGUGCACGCGGAUACCAAGAAGGUCAUGUACUUUGCCUAAAAAGUAUCGCCCCCCCCUAAACCAACACCAAAAAGCUAAAGAAUACAAAAUCAGUUUCGAAUUUCGAUUCGAAUAAGCAACUCCCCACUUCCCUUCCUCAGAUCAGAAAGCGGAUGAAAGCCAAGCAUAGUAGUUUAGAAUUAAGUUAUGUUUUACGUUGAGAGAGCGCGCGAUGGGAGGAAAACCAACCAGAAUACGAAGAUCUUGCAUGCAUUAGUAUAUAUAGUAUAUAUAGUAAGCAGAGGAAUGAAAAUCCCACAAAGACACACAAACACCAUCCACACACAAGAGCAGAUAGCCACACAGUGAGAAAUAAUAGGAAAUGAUAGCCAAUCGAAUGUCAGGCACAAGUUUGCGAAAUCGAAAUCGAAGAAAAACACACAAAAAGUCGAAAUGCGAAAGCGAAAUGUGAGAAUUCUCAAAAACAAGCGUAGCAAACAAAUUGAAUGCAAAUAGGAAAUCAACUAAAGGGAACAAAAACUACGACAGCAACACCAACCAACAACACCAGAAAACUAAAUAAAACAAAGCAGAAAAUUAAGAAAGUGAAAUCAAGUGAAAAGCGUCAUCAACACGAGAGAGAGACAAGUUUUGUAAUAGAAAUUACGAUUAAAUUGUACAAUAUAUUUUUACACGAUACGAAAUGAAGACAUGAUGAAUGAUAAUGAAUGAAUGCAUACAACCAAAGGUUUUUAGUAUACAAAAUGAACACGUUGCUGAUCGACUCACACAGCAAACACCACAAGAACACCAACCACUCGGAUUCUCUGUACUGUGAACGAAGACCACCACCAAAUUGCAAACAAAAACCACAAGCGACAUUAAAGCGACAGAAAGCGAAGCAUUGAAAGAGUGUAGACACAACUUAGCAUGUACGUGUACUAAUGAAAAUACUUCAAUAACUAGGGCGCUGACAAAACCGAGCAAGAACAUUUAAUAGUUUGUAAGUUGGGCUCUACCUAAAACAGAAGACAAAAAUCUAAAAACAAAAAACAAAAAAAAGAAUGCAGAUGAGUUAGGUGGGCGAUUGGGCGAGAACUGCAAUUUCAACAAGGGACAAACUUUUGGUCAAAACAAUAGCUAUACUUAUAGAGCAGAGCCUAAUUAUAUACAUACAUACAUACCUAAGCCUAGAACUAACAUUUAAAGUUUUUACGAAACGAAAACCAAGCGGAUGAAGGAAGUGUAACAAUGUAGAAUACUUAAAUUCAAAAGUGAAAAUAACACGGUAGCAGCAGAUUUGUUACGUUGGCAGUGCUGAUAUUUUAUGUUAGUCCUUAGUUUACCCUCUUGUAUGCACCACACAGUCAGACUACGAACUUCUCCCCUCGUCGAGUCCAAGGCAUAUCACUCAAUGUCCUCUUAUUUAUGUACCUCCUACACACUAAGCCUAACGAUAUUUAGUUGUACCUUAUAUAUAUAUUUUUUUAAAAACGAAUGCCUAACGAAAUUUCUGUUGAUUUCCUCAUGUUGAUCCUACGAAUUGGAAUAUUGGCUUCUUUCGCAGCUGCUUUUCGUUGUAAUUUCGUAUUAAUUAACUUUAGAUCAAAGUGGUGUACGGGUAAUAUAAACAAUGGUAACUCUUCUCCACCGUCCGCCGGAGGGAGGUGGUGGCAAUAACAUUUCAAUAUUUUACAAACUAGUUUUAGUUUCGCCAAAAUCAACAAGCAACAGCAAAAAAACAAACAAACAAACAAUAUCAAUAUCAAUAUGAAACGUAUGCUUAGUAAUUGUACUAUAUCGAGGACACAGUUCAAGUUAACAUUAUGAUGAGUUGUUAUUUAUGCGGUGCGGGCGACGACGAUCUCCUCCGACUUCCGACUCUCCCGGGCCAAACCUAAUUUAUAAUUGUGUACAUCCUUCACAGAACCUUUAAUUUAGAUUUAGUUUCCAAGUUCGCAAGCUGUUUUGCCAAUCGUACAUUAUGUGAGCAUUAUAAAAUACAUAAUAUAUAUAAAUCGAUAUGCUUAUAUUUAAUCAUUUAUUGCACUUACAAAUUAGUUGGUAAUCCUCAAAAAAUACAUGUAAAAGGAAAAAACAGAACGGAGGGAGCUCACAGUCCCUCAAAAUGUUGAAUCGAACAUUUAGAAAUCUCUUUCGAUUUGAAAUCAGUCAUAAAUCACUUGCGAGCUACUGCAUGAUUUCAAAUCACUUGAUGUUUCAGUGGUAGCACAAUUUGAUAUUGUCUUUUUAAAUUUGGCAUUCUGCCAGUUUUAUAUCUCUUGCUGAAAUUGUAAUUUUAAACCAGAGUUAACUUUUUAUGAAGCCUUUAGCUGCAAAAAUUGUUUCAAAUUCGACUAGUCCUUCCAACGAGGCUCAACAUAGCUGAUAUUAAUAGCUUAUUAAUUAAUUAAUAUUAAUUAGUACUGCGUUUAGAUGCGAUUAACAUUUUGUGGGGCUGUGCAAUCAAUGUGUGGGCGUAUUUGUUGACUUAUUCAUUUUCCAUUUAUUUAACGUUUUUCUAGUAACGUUUCUACACAAGGGAUUAAAAUUUUAAACUUAUUUCUUAAUGUUUACUUAAACCAACCC